AUGCGAGCUUUCUUUCUCCUCGCGUCUUUAGGCUUUGUUGCCGCAGAGAAUGGCUUGGACGGUUGGCUGCGAUAUGCACCAUUACCGUGUACUACCCAAUGCCAUUCGAAGGUCCCUGCCAACAUUGUCGUCCUCAAUGCAACCGAAACAAGCCCCAUAUACGUUGCGGGGACAGAGCUGCAAACAGGAUUGAAAAGCAUCUGUGGUUCUCACGCCGAACUUAUUCACGGCCAAUGCAAGGCGUCCUCGUCCGUCGUCGUCGGUACCAUCGAGCAGUAUCGCAAAACGUGCGGAAAUUUGAGUGAAAUCCCUGAACUCGAAGAGGAUGGGUUCUGGCUUAGCACCAAGGGUAAUGAUGUCCAAAUCCUCGGAUCCAAUGAUAGAGGCGCUCUCUAUGGUGCCUUUGAAUACCUGUCGAUGCUGGCACAAGGAAACUUCUCCGAAGUUGCAUAUGCCACGAGCCCAUCCGCCCCGAUUCGAUGGGUCAAUCAGUGGGAUAACCUGGACGGAAGCAUCGAACGAGGCUAUGGUGGUCCAUCGAUCUUCUUCAAGAAUGGAACCGUCGUCGAAGAUCUGACCCGCGUCAAGCAGUAUGGGCGUCUUCUGGCUUCCAUUCGAAUCAACGCAGUGGUUGUCAACAAUGUAAAUGCAAAUGCCAGUCUUCUGUCGUCUGAAAAUCUCAAGGGCCUUGGUCGAAUCGCCGAUGCCUUCCGACCAUACGGGGUGAAGGUAGGGAUCUCACUCAACUUUGCAUCCCCUGAAACUUUCGGUGGCCUUGACACCUACGAUCCUCUGAAUUCUUCCGUUAUCAAGUGGUGGUCAAACAUUACGGAUCAGCUCUAUCAGAAUGUUCCUGAUAUGGCUGGCUAUCUUGUCAAGGGAGACUCCGAAGGUCAGCCGGGUCCUGAGAUUUAUAAUCGCACCCUGGCUCAAGGCGCAAAUCUUUUCGCCAAGGCAUUGCAGCCGUACGGAGGCAUCGUUAUGUUCCGUGCCUUUGUUUACAACCAGCUCAACGAGUCAGACUGGAAAGCGGAUCGCGCCAAGGCGGCAGUCGAUUUCUUCAAGCCCCUGGACGGAGAGUUUGAAGAAAACGUGGUCAUCCAGAUUAAAUAUGGUCCCAUUGACUUCCAGGUUCGCGAGCCAACCUCGCCUCUGUUUGCAAACUUGCUCAAUACAAACACUGCUAUCGAGCUGGAAGUGACACAGGAGUACCUUGGACAACAAUCUCACCUUGUGUAUCUUCCCCCUCUUUGGAAGACCGUCUUGGAUUUUGAUCUUCGGGUCGACCACAAGCCUUCCUUGGUUCGUGAUAUUGUGACGGGCAAACGCUUCAACCGGAAGCUAGGUGGAUCUGCCGCUGUCGUGAAUGUCGGCACCAAUACCACUUGGCUGGGCAGCUACCUGUCCAUGUCCAAUCUCUAUGCAUACGGCCGUCUGGCAUGGAACCCAGCCGACGACCCUGAAGCCAUGGUACAAGACUGGAUCCAACUGACAUUCGGUCUUGAUCCCACCGUACUCAAGACUUUGACGCGAAUGUCCAUGGAAUCUUGGCCCGCUUACUUAAACUAUAGCGGCAACUUGGGCAUUCAGACACUGACCGAUAUCUUGUACACUCACUACGGCCCCAACCCUGCCACUCAGGACAAUAACGGAUGGGGUCAGUGGACCCGUGCAGACCAUACGACAGUCGGGAUGGAUCGUACGAUCUCCAACGGAACUGGAUACUCCGGCCAAUACCCGGAGGAGAUUGCAGCCAUGUACGAAAACAUUGAUACCACACCGGAUAACCUCUGCCUCUGGUUCCAUCACGUCAACUGGACUCACCAUCUCCACUCCGGAAAGACUGUCAUUCAGCAUUUCUACGACGCGCACUACAGCGGUGCCGACACGGCACAAAGCUUCUUCACACAGUGGGAAUCCCUAAAAGGCAAGGUUGACGAAGAACGAUACAACCACGUGCGCCAUCGUCUCGACUACCAGACCGGUCACUCGAUCGUCUGGCGUGAUGCAAUCUCCAACUUUUACUAUAAUAUGACCAGCAUUCCCGACGACUCUAAACGCGUCAGCCACUACCCAUGGCGUAUUGAGGCCGAGGAUAUGGCACUAGACGGAUACAAGACCUACACGGUCAGUCCUUUCGAGGCAGCCUCCCGCUCCGUGGCCAUUGUUACUGUUAGUAAUAACACCGUGGGUACGGCUACGACCAAGGUCGACUUUCCCUCGGGAACCUAUGACCUUGCUGUCAAUUACUUUGAUCUCUACGGGGGUCAGUCCCAUUGGCAGAUCUACUUGAAUGAUCGCCAGAUUGGCGAAUGGAUUGGAAAUAGCGAGGAUGUUCUCAGCCACACGCCUUCUAUUUAUUUGGACGGUCACUCUGCCAUACGCAUCAAGUUCCGUGGAGUCACGGUCAAGAAGGGCGAUAUGUUGAAAAUUGUUGGUAAGCCUGACGGGGUUGAACCGGCUCCGGUGGACUAUGUUUCUUUCCUUCCGCAUGGGGUCGUGGAUUAG